CACACCAUCACCACCACCAUCAUCGUCUUCUCUCUCUCUUCCCCGUUACUUUAUUUUCUUCCCCGUUUCGCUCUCCGUCAAAGUCUUCUCUCUUUGCCAUUUUCUCCACUGUUAUUUCCCGCUUUACCCUUUUACCCAUCUUUCCUGAGAGUCACGACGGCCACGAACAAAGAGAAAAGAUAAAACUAGGCGAUUUCACCAUCGGAGACACGCUCCUUGGUUCGCUUUUGUGCGCGGCAAAUGGCGACGGCGACACCUGAACGAAUCGAAUUAGCCAAGCACUGCAGUUCACGGAACUGGUCCAAAGCGAUCCGAGUUCUUGAUUCGCUCCUUGCUAAGCAGUGCUCCAUUUUGGACAUAUGCAAUAGAGCUUUUUGUUAUAAUCAAUUGGAGCUUCACAAGCACGUGAUAAAAGACUGUGACAAGGCACUCCAGCUUGAACCUUGUGUCAUUCAAGCUUAUAUACUCAAAGGACGCGCUCUUUUGGCUCUAGGGAGAAAACAGGACGCCAGUUUUGUUUUGGAGCAAGGAUUUAAAAAUGCUUUGCAGCAGACAGCAGACGUGAAGCAGCUACUUGAAUUAGAAGAACUCCUGAAAGAUGCAAGACGAGCAAUUCAUGGCACUGUCGAACAUCAUGAUACUGAGUCCCGGCAAGAGACCCCUGCCUCGUCUCUAGGAUCACGUGCUAGUGAGAAGUCUGAUGAAAAAAUUGACAAGCCGGAUGAUACGGUUUUUGGGACAAGUGAUAAUAUAUCAAGCGUGGCAGUUUCUGAAUCAGGAGCAUGCAGCAAUGGAAACACCGUCGAGUCAUCCAGGCAAUUGGGUGAGCAAUCAAAGAUAAAUUGUCUUUCAAAGGAUGCAUCCAAGGCAAGCAAGAAAUCUGGUGGUAGUUUCGACUUACGUAAUGGAUUAGCGUACAAGGAAAAAGAGAAUGUAAAGUCUGGCAGCCAAACCAAUGGUUCUUACAAAUCAUGUAAACCAUGUAAUGGUUCUGAUCCGCAUGAUAAUUUAUCUGAAAGUUCUGAUCGGUUUGGGGGUCUGUCGAUUAUUGGAAACACGUUAAGUAGUAAGCCCGGAUCUAUUAGUAAACUGAGCCUUAAAGCUGAGGCACGUAGUGGAGUUGGCGAUGAAAGCAAGAUAAAUAAGAAGUACACCAUAGCGAGAAUAUCAGAAACCCAUUCUAUAAGUGUGGAUUUUCGACUUUCUAGAGGCAUUGCACAGGUGAACGAAGGAAACUACAUGAAAGCUAUAUCUAUUUUUGAUAAGGUGCUGAAAGAAGAACCGACUUACCCUGAGGCACUUAUAGGAAGAGGGACAGCUUAUGCAUUCCAACGAGAGCUUGAAAAUGCUAUAGCUGAUUUUACUAAGGCUAUUCAAUCUAACCCAGCAGCAGGUGAGGCUUGGAAACGGAGAGGACAGGCUCGUGCUGCUCUUGGGGAAUUUGCAGAGGCGGUUGAAGAUUUGACUAAAGCACUGGUUUUUGAGCAAAACUCACCUGAUAUAUUGCACGAAAGGGGUAUUAUUAAUUUUAGAUCUAAGGACUUCACUGCUGCUGUAAAUGACCUCUCUAUAUGUCUGAAGCAAGAGAAAGAUAACAAGUCCGCAUUUACAUAUUUGGGACUAGCUUUUGCUUCUCUUGGUGAAUAUAUAAAAGCUGAAGAGGCGCAUUUGAAGUCCAUCCAGCUGGAUAAUAAUUAUCUUGAAGCAUGGCUACAUCUCGCCCAGUUCUAUCAAGAGUUGGCCGACCAUAGCAAAGCUUUGGAAUGCAUUGAGCAGGUUCUACAAGUCGACAACAGGGUUUGGAAGGCCUAUCACUUGCGUGGAUUAGUGUUCCAUGGAUUAGGUGAACACAGGAAGGCUAUCCAAGAAUUAUCUGUUGGCUUGAGCAUUGAGAACUCAAUAGAGUGCUUGUACCUACGAGGUUCCUGCUAUCAUGCUAUAGGAGAGUAUAAAGAUGCGGUGAAGGACUACGAUGCUACAGUGGAUGUGGAACUUGAUGCAGUGGAAAAAUUUGUUCUUCAAUGCUUGGCAUUCUAUCAGAAAGAGAUUGCCUUGUACACGGCUUCCAAAGUUAGUAGUGAGUUUUUCUGCUUUGAUAUUGAUGGUGACAUAGAUCCAAUGUUCAAGGAGUACUGGUGCAAAAGAUUACACCCAAAAGAUGUAUGUGAAAAGGUUUACAGACAACCUCCCCUGCGUGAAUCCCUCAAGAAGGGUAAACUGAAAAAGCAAGAUCUUGCAAUCACUAAACAGAAGGCGCAUCUUCUUCGUUUCGCUGAUUUCAUUGGCAAGAAAAUCCAAUAUGAUUGUCCCGGAUUCUUACCGAAUAGACGUCAGCAUCGUAUGGCAGGAUUGGCUGUGAUAGAGAUUGCUCAAAAGGUUUCAAAAGCUUGGCGCAUAGAGUGGAGAAAUUUAAACAAAGGCACGGCAAAAAGUGGGAAAAAAAACCGUAGGAGAGAGAGAAUCAACAUGCUUAGCCAGAAUAGAGGUGGUGCUGGGUGUAGUACUAGCAGUUCCAGUGAAACUUCAACUGGAUAUGCCUCACUAGAAGAUCGAUCAUCUGGCCGCUCUAUGUUGUCUUGGCAAGAAGUUUAUUCGUCUGCUGUCAGAUGGAGACAAAUUUCAGAGCCUUGUGACCCAGUUGUGUGGGUUAACAACUAAGGUGAAGAGUUUAAUUCUGGGUUUGGUUCUCAUACGCCGAUGGUACUCGGACAAGCUAAAGUAGUGCGCUACUUCCCAAAUUAUGAAAGAACCCUGAAUCUUGCAAAGACCAUCAUCAAGGAUAAACUCUCUGUACGCAGCAAGGCAGAUAAAGUUAUUGAUCUAUCUAAAGAUGAGAAGAUAGAAAAAAUUAUGCGUGCUGAAACGUGUGAAGAGCUACACAAAAUUGUUGGUGAGGACUUCUGGGUGGCUACUUGGUGCGACAGUAACGCAUUCGAAGGGAAACGCCUUGAAGGAACUAGAAUCACCUGCAUUCAAAAACCGGGAAGGCUUGGGUACGAUUUCGCAAUUCGAACUCCAUGCACACCUGCGAGGUGGAGUGAUUUUGAUGAAGAAAUGACCUCAGCUUGGGAGGCUUUAUGCAACGCCUAUUGUGGAGAGAGUUACGGUUCUACGGAACUCGAAGCUCUAGAAACCGUUAGAGACGCUAUCUUACGCAUGACAUAUUACUGGUACAAUUUUAUGCCAUUAGCUCGAGGAACCGCGGUAACGGGAUUUGUAGUGUUACUAGGACUUCUGCUAGCUGCGAACAUGGAGUUCACUGAGAAUAUCCCAAAAGGGCUACAGGUCGAUUGGGAGGCUAUACUUAACGUUGAACCGGGUUCCUUUGUUGGUUCGGUUAAGUCUUGGUUAUACCCAUCCCUGAAAAUCAACACGUCGUGGAGAGAUCACCCGGAUAUUUCCUCGGCUUUUUCAACAACCGGAUCGGUUGUCGCCGCACUUAGCACUUACAACGAUAAUUGAGUUGAAGAAAGCUAACCAACCAUGAGCAGUAAGAUAACUUGUGUUUCAGUCAUAAAUCUUCGGCUUAUGAUUUGUUUCCUUUUAAAAACAAAAACAAAACAAAAAGAAAGCUUUGAUAGGGCCAUAUUUGUGUUUUUUUCUUGACAUUACUCAUGUUCUAUUUUAUUUUAUAGCUUUAAUAAUGUAUUUUAAUAUGAUCU